CUGCCACGCGGCUGCGGUAUAACCGUGCGGCCCGCGCGCGUUCUAGCCUCCCGGCGCGGGCUAUGGCUGCAAGUUCUUUCGUGUCUUCCUUGGCCGCGCGGCUGCUUCGGCCGGCGCAGAGCUGCCGCUUUCGCCAUCGCCCUUUCCAUCUCGCGGCCGUGCGAAAUGAAGCUGUCAUCAUUUCUGGAAGGAAACUGGCCCAGCAGAUCAAGCAGGAAGUGCGGCAGGAAGUGGAACAGUGGGUGGCCUCCGGCAACAAACGGCCACACCUGAGCGUGGUCCUGGUGGGCGAGAAUCCAGCGAGUCACUCCUAUGUCCUCAACAAAACCAGGGCAGCUGCAGAUGUGGGAAUCAACAGUGAGACAAUUGUGAAACCAGCUUCAAUUUCAGAGGAAGAAUUGUUGAAUUUAAUCCAUAAACUGAAUAAUGAUGAUAACGUAGAUGGGCUCCUUGUUCAGCUGCCUCUUCCAGAGCACAUUGAUGAGAGAAAGGUCUGCAAUGCUGUUUCUCCAGACAAGGACGUUGACGGCUUUCAUGUAAUUAAUGUAGGACGUAUGUGUUUGGACCAGUAUUCCAUGUUACCGGCUACCCCAUGGGGUGUGUGGGAAAUAAUUAAGCGAACUGGCAUUCCAACCCUAGGGAAGAAUGUAGUUGUGGCUGGAAGGUCAAAAAACGUUGGAAUGCCCAUUGCAAUGUUAUUGCACACAGAUGGUGCGCACGAACGUCCUGGAGGUGAUGCCACUGUUACGAUAUCUCAUCGAUACACUCCCAAAGAGCAACUGAAGAAACAUACAAUUCUUGCAGAUAUUGUGAUAUCUGCUGCAGGCAUUCCAAAUCUGAUCACAGCAGAUAUGAUCAAGGAAGGAGCAGCAAUCAUUGAUGUGGGAAUAAAUCGAGUUCAAGAUCCCAUGACUGCUAAACCCAAGUUGGUUGGAGAUGUGGAUUUUGAAGGAGUCAGGAAAAAAGCCGGCUACAUCACUCCAGUUCCUGGGGGUGUUGGUCCCAUGACAGUGGCAAUGCUAAUGAAGAAUACCAUAAUUGCUGCAAAAAAAGAGUUGAGACUGAAAGAGCGGGAAGUGCUGAAAUCUAAAGAGUUUGGAGUAGCCACUAAUUAACUGUGGUGUCUUCAGUGCCAUAGACAGCAUUCCAAGGCAGCUGAAGAAGCAAAGCAGGCCAACUGAAAUGCAAUAUUUUUUAUUUAUUCUACUGAAGUGGUUUAAAAUGAUGCUUUGUAUUUAUUGGAAGCUCAAGCGAAUGGGUGUUUGUGCACAUAGCUCUGCAGUACCUCACCAAGGAGCAUUCCAGUAUCAUGCAGGGUCAUGUGAUCUAGCCAAAAGCAGUCAUUAGCCUAGUGAUCAACAUGGGAGACACUGUCACAUCGAGAACGGAUGCUUAACUUUGUCAAGCCACCUCUUAAAAGUUUGCCUUUUCUAGGACUGCAUUUCCCAAGUGCUAUUCCAAUAAGAGUUGACACUCAUUUUAGGCUCUAAACCUUUCGAGUUCAACUGGUCAAACCAAAGGAAAAAUGUUGCUAGAGAAAAUUAGGGAAAAGCCGGAAAGGAAAAAGAUGGUGAUUGAAAAAAAUCACUCUAAUUUAUAUAUGUAUUGAUUGAGGACCAGAUUUAUCUAAGUAGAACUGAAUUGGCUAAGAACAGAGGAAAGCUACAUAUUAAUAGUUUUCCUAAACUCUUUCUGUGGCUUAGUCAGUCACUGGGAAAAAGUUGAAGUUCCAUUUGCUCUCAGUUACCCUUCAGUGAGGUCUCCCCAUUUUAGUUUUCUAGAAUUGAAGUCUUAUUUUAUAAAUUAUUUAUGUGUAUUGUCAUAUUUGGCUUUUGCUAUAUACUUAAACUUCAUUGUUAAAUUUUUGUAUUGUUAGGGGAUAUCUAUAUAGUUUCUUUGGUAUAUCUUGAAACCUAUUUUUGAAAAGCAACCUUGGCUUGAUAAUCAUUUGGGCAGCUUGUGUAAGUAUGCAACUUGCUUUCCACCAAAGAAUUGUCAGCAGCUGCCUGUUUUUCUGUGCUGUACCCUGUUGACUUUCCAGAAAGAUUUUUAAGAGCUUGAGUUAAUACUGAAUUUAAUCAGACUUUCUGAUUAAAGGUUUUUUUCCUUUUUUAAUAAAACACAUCUAUUUGGUGUGAAACAAAUUUCUGAAA